CACAUGACACAAAUCAUAUGAUAGUUCCUGCGGAAGUGGGAAACAGAAGUUGGCGUUUUGUUUUGUAAGGACUGAACAUGACCACAGCUCUCACUCAGGGGCUCGAGAGAAUUCCGGACCAGGUCGGAUACCUGGUCAUCAGUGAGGAAGGAGUCUUAGCGUCUGCAGGAGAGCUGGAGAACGACGAGCACACGGCCGCCGUGAUCAUGCAGAUGGUGCAGACGGCCUGCAAGUUCCGGCUGCACGGCUGCGCAGAGCCGCCCUUCAAACGCAUGUCAGUGAUGUUUGAUGACCACGUCUAUGCAGUAACAGUGUCUGGGCAGAAAGUCUUUGUUGUUAAGCGGCACAACACUCAGCGGGAGCCCAUGCAGGUGUAGAACAACAUGGAGACGACUGAGGCUGCGGACUGCUCCUGGGCGUCUGUGUGUGUGUGUGUGUGUGUGUGUGUGUGUGUGUGUGUGUGAGAGGUUUAACACUGGUGUGUCAAACCCAUUUUCUGGAGGGCACUUGGUCCUGGGUCACACACUUCAUUUUCCUGAAUGGAUUGGUAAAGAUGGCCCUUUUCCACUCAUGCUCAUGUAUUUCUCCCAGGCUAUACCAUUGAAUUACAAUGUUUGAAUAACUGCAUUGUUGAGAUGUAACUUAUUUUAUGUAGUAGAAUAAUAAAGGGCAAAACAUUUGAAGAAAAUAAAGCUUUUUGUAUCAUACCUUGAUCACCAUAAGAUACUGUGGGGGGGGAGUAGAGUACCACACUUGUUCUGUGAUAGGAUUACGUGCACCUCUCUGCAGCAACUGAGAGUAUAGCCUAGGAAUGGUGGACUGUCCACUGUUUUCAGUAUAAGUACAGUUACAGCAUGUGUUUGAGGUGAAGAAAGCUCUGGUACACUUAGGUAGCUGCUGAGGACAAACAGCACCAAUACAGAUGCCCAGUUUGCCCAGAGGAAAUGAUCUGUGUCCAACUCUUCAGCCUGUUAAUCAGAGUCCUCUGAGUCAAGGGUUCCCUUGGACAUAAGCAGUUGUAGCUUUGGUUGCAGUAGUUGGGAAAUAAGAUUCUACAGAUGGGCUUGGGUGAAAGAUGGGUUAAGGUGUCCAGGCUAAGAAUAACAGGGACAUUUGACUGCAGGCUAAAUAACACAAAAUGUUUUCUGUUGGGCAAAAAAAAAAGCACAUUUACUGUUUUCUCAGCUCUAUACCGUCAUCUGUAGUACACAUUUCUCCAAAGGUGAUUGUUUCAAAAUUCUAUCCUCGUUUUGUUUCUGUUUCUUAGUUGGAUUGGGUCUUUGUGUACAGCCGUUAAUAAAUACAC